AUGUCGACGACGAAACUGCUCUCAGCGGUGGUUUGGCUUUCGAGCCUCUCAUUACCAACCAGAGCUUUGAAUCCAAGAGACGACACUACCGACUUCGAAACUGAAGAGGAAAGACAAGGCAAGGGCAAGGGCAAGGGCAAAGGAAAGGGAAAAGGCAAAGAAGUCGUACCGAAUGUUCCCGUCACGCCACCCGGACUCGACGCCCUACCUACAACCGGCACCGAUCCUGCGCCUGUCCUCGGGCCCGGGACGAACAAUGGGGAUCCAAACAAUCCCAACAAUGGAGGUGUGACCUGGCUCAACCCUAGCACUGAACACUCAGUCUGCGAUGCCUUCAUCCAUCUGCCGUUCUUUAUCACACCGACGAUCUCAUCCGAGCCCCGCCUUACUUCACCUGACUGA